AUGUUUCUAUUCAUUCCAUUAGUAUGUGGCCUAAACAGCUGGGACAAGCCAUACACAAAGGUUCAGACGGCUCCGCUAUACUGUCCACACUGUCACAACUACAGUGUGCAGCCUGUUAAGCGUCGUCAAUUCUUCAGUGUGUGGUUCAUCCCCUUGGUACCGCUCCAUGUUGGCAAGCAGCUCCAUUGCAACAUUUGUAACUGGAGACAGGACUUCCAUUCGAAAGAACAACUAGAGAAGGUUAUAGCUGAGCAAGGCAAUAUAAAAGCGUAG